CCGCGGCCGGCCUGGUGCUGGGAGGAGGAAGCGGAGAAACGCUCCCGGGCGGCGGCGGCGGCGGGCGGGGUCACGAACUCUGACCUUUCACAGGGGCACGGCACACAAAACAAACCACCACACCCCCGCGGCUCCAUAAUACAGACCUGGCCCCCCCUCCCCUCCGCAUACCCCGUUAGCCCCCUCACCGCCGCCGCCCUCACGGGGGGGAGGGAGGGCCGCCGCUGGGCACCGGUACACAGCAUUGGCCCGCCUGGGCCUGGAUCGGGGGUCACCGCCAGGGCACGUUUGGCGCAAACUUCUGAGGUUCUAAUGAUCUUGUUUCACCAUGACAACCAUUAUGGAGGUGCUGGCUCAGCAGGUAGUGGAGACUCAGCAGGUGGCUGAGGAAAUGCACCGUGGUUACAUAGUGUGAUGGUUGUAUCUUGCCACUGGAGAGAUCGCUCCAUCUCAAGAGUGUAUGAAGCUCUGAUUUCUUCCUGGCCGGUGCAGACUGUUCAGACUUCACUAUCUGAAUCUCCAGUGAUGACCAGCCCUUCCCAACGUAUCCAGAUAAUUUCCACAGACUCCUCUGUAGCUUCACCACAACGCAUUCAGAUUGUUACAGAUCAGCAAACAGGUCAAAAAAUCCAAAUAGUGACAGCAGUGGACUCAGCUGUGUCCCCAAAGCAACAGUUUAUUUUAGCCAGUCCAGAUGGAACCGGUGCAGGAAAGGUGAUCUUGGCAGCACCUGAGACAUCUAAUGCCAAACAGCUUAUUUUUACCACCACGGACAACAUUGUGCCAGGCAGAAUUCAGAUAGUGACAGACUCUGCUUCAGUGGAACGUUUGCUGGGAAAAGCUGAUGUUCAGCGGCCCCAGGUAGUAGAAUAUUGUGUAGUCUGUGGUGAUAAAGCAUCAGGUCGUCACUAUGGUGCUGUCAGUUGUGAGGGAUGCAAAGGUUUCUUUAAAAGGAGUGUGAGGAAGAAUUUGACCUACAGUUGUCGUAGCAACCAGGACUGUAUCAUCAAUAAACACCACCGGAAUCGCUGUCAGUUUUGUAGGCUUAAGAAAUGUCUAGAGAUGGGCAUGAAAAUGGAAUCCGUUCAAAGUGAAAGAAAGCCUUUUGAUGUGCAGCGUGAAAAACCAACCAACUGUGCAGCUUCCACUGAAAAAAUCUAUAUCAGAAAAGAUCUGCGAAGCCCUCUAAUAGCAACUCCAACAUUUGUGGCAGAUAAAGAUGGAACACGGUCAGCAGGUCUUCUUGAUCCAGGAAUGCUUGUUAAUAUUCAGCAACCUUUGAUCAGGGAUGACGGUACAGUCCUCCUAGCUGCUGACUCCAAGGCUGAAACAAGCCAGGGUGCUUUAGGAACACUAGCGAAUGUUGUAACAUCUCUUGCUAAUCUAAGUGAAUCUCUAAAUAAUGGAGAUACUUCUGAAGUCCAGCAAGAAGAGCAAUCCUCAAGUGAGAUUACACGGGCAUUUGAUACAUUGGCUAAAGCACUUAAUACCACAGAUAGUACAGCAGCUCAUAGCUUGGCAGAUGGGAUGGAUGCUACAGGAGGAGGGAAUAUUCAUGUAAUCAGUAGAGAUCAGUCAACACCUAUUAUUGAAGUGGAAGGACCCCUGCUAACAGAUACACAUGUCACAUUUAAGCUUACAAUGCCCAGUCCAAUGCCAGAGUAUCUUAACGUACACUACAUCUGUGAGUCAGCAUCACGACUGCUUUUCCUCUCUAUGCACUGGGCUAGGUCCAUCCCUGCAUUUCAAGCUCUUGGGCAGGACUGCAACACUAGCCUGGUGCGUGCCUGCUGGAAUGAGCUGUUUACUUUAGGCCUGGCACAGUGUGCACAUGUGAUGAGUCUCUCUACUAUCCUAGCAGCUAUUGUCAACCACCUCCAGAACAGCAUCCAGGAAGAUAAACUCUCUGGAGACAGAAUAAAACAAGUCAUGGAACAUAUCUGGAAACUUCAGGAGUUCUGUAACAGCAUGGCCAAGCUUGAUAUUGAUGGAUAUGAAUAUGCAUACCUUAAAGCUAUAGUCCUCUUUAGCCCUGAUCACCCUGGUCUGAACAGUUCAACCCAAAUAGAAAAAUUCCAGGAGAAGGCACAGAUGGAAUUGCAGGACUAUGUACAAAAAACCUAUCCAGAAGAUACUUAUAGGCUAGCCCGGAUUCUAGUUCGCCUGCCAGCACUUAGGCUGAUGAGCUCUAGCAUUACUGAGGAACUAUUUUUUACUGGUCUCAUUGGAAAUGUUCCCAUUGACAGCAUAAUUCCCUACAUUCUCAAAAUGGAAACUGCAGAAUAUAAUGGUCAAAUAACUGGCACAUCUGCAUAGUGGGAACAACACAAUUUGGUGGAUCAAAAUAAUUUUAAUAAAAACAUACAAUUAUGAAGUUAAAAGCAUAGCAUUUUGGUAUGUACAAAUAUUUUCAUCUUGUUAUCAGUUUCUUGUCAGAUUUCUCCUUGUCUGUUUGCUGACGUUGACAAAAUUUAAGCAGCUAUUAUGACCUGCUGUAGGACCUUUUCUGCCACAGGGAAUAUUUUUGAUGCCUUUCCUUUAAAAGGCUAUAGAUAACUGAACAUACUUUUCAAGUGCUUUGUAUUUAGAAGUUAUCAGUGGUUAAAAAUAAGAGUUUUAUAAUAUCAGAGAUUAGUAAUAAAAUUACUCUAAAAGAAAAAAUAAUAGUAUGUAUAUAUUUUAAAAUAUCCUUGGAAUUAAUAUCUAAUAAAUGCCAGGGUAUACUAGCAGUUUGUAAGCACUUCUGUCAAAGUGACAUCAUUAACAUCCUUUUGAUGAAUAUGGAAAAUGAAAAAAAUUGCACGUCCUUUGUCAAAAUGUUACUGAACAUUUUUGUGAAAAUGUAGAAUGCUACAGGAGACAAUCAUUUAUUCUACAAAAAGUCACUUGCUCUUAUGUUGUGCAUGAAAUUUUCAUGUGGAUUCUUAAAUCAGGUAUCUACAUUAUAUUAAACUAUACUCUGUUAAAUUAUUGCAGUGGUAACUCACAGUCUGAUACAGUCAUAGUGACUAUACUAUGCUACAGAAUUACCCAGAGUGGGAGAAAAAAAUGUUUUGUGUUACCGUAAUGAUGAAAUAUUCAGGUUCUUUCAAGUCUUUAUUCAGACCAACACAGUCAUGACAAAUCUUAACUCUAAUAAAGCCUUUUGGUUGUGGGGAAAAUCAGUCAUUAACUGGAAGAACAGUAAUUUUCAAGUCGAGCUGUGUGGUGCUCUUUGAGUAUGCCCUUUUUAUUUCUAAUUUACUCCUUCUUGCUGAACUCUCAAACAUCCUCAUCAUCUAGCCAAAAGUACAGCUUAAAACCUUAAAUGUGGAGAACCUCUGGCUCUCAGCAAGAGUCUAUUACAAAGCUCUCACCUUUUUUUCUCCCCCUUUACUCCUGUUCCCUGAUUGAGCAUUCCCAGUUUUGCAAUGCUCUCAACCUUCCUAUGGCUUAAUUUAAAGCUGAAACAUAGGUAGGGUUUACAGUCCUGUGCAAUCACAGUUAAUGACCGAUACACCACGGGCUUAUAAAAUUAACUACUAUUCCAUUGCCUAGAAUGAUGAGACAUCAGCAUAUUUUCUGAUAUUGGCUAUUAGCUACUCAUGUUGACAGUAAGUAUUUGAUACAAUCAAAGUUUGAAAAAAUAGUCAUGGCAGUUGACACUGUUGUCUGAUCCUGCUUCAUUAGAUACACCCAUUAUUUUAAUUAUUUGUAUGGUAGAGGCAUUUUCUACUUGUGUGUUUUUAUUUGAAAAAAAUGUAGUUUUAAGACAUUAAGAGGCUGACUUUUGUAACACUUACUGUGUGGAAGGCAAUUUGAUUUUAGCUUCUGGAGGCACUAAACUCUUGUACUGUUACCAUUGUUACAGCAUUCCGAAUCUUGUUUUCUCAAAAGGGUGUUACAAAGAGUCCAGUAUACGUGCAGAGAUUUGUAAUACUGCACUUUCCAUUUCUCUUGGCUUUUGCUAUGGUAAAUGAAAUUGUCCUACAUCUAACGUGAGGGAAGGUCAGCACUCAGUGUUGAGUCAACUCAAAUGCAGAAUUUUGUACUAGCUGUUUUAUUGCAGUGUAACUUUUGUGAUUGUGUCAACACUUCUGAUGCAAAGUCUCUCUUUUAAGGGUAUACAACUUAAAAAUUGUUAUUAACAAUAUCAGAACUAGCUACCUUGGAAAGAGUUGUGGCCAUUUUUGUUAAAAUUUAAAAUUUUACUGGGUUAUCACAAUGGUUUUCUAAAAGCACAAUGGUGCAUUGAACUAUUGUGAUAUUUCUCAUUGGAAAAAAAAAAAGAUUAUGCAGUUUAAUUUGCUUUCAGUAUUCUGUAAAAAUCAUUUAAGCAGAUAAGUAGGCAUUUUUAAUGACAAAAUAAAUAUUCAUUAGCACAAAAAACUAGUCACUGGAAUCUCUUUCUCCUAAAUUUCAAUAAAUGAGCUGGCUUUUCAUGACAAACAUAAUAUCAAAUUCCAAAUUUUCAAGCAUAAGGGCCCUAUUUUCCGUGAAAAAAAAAUUUUUUUCCUCAUUUUUCUUGUGCUAUGAGCAUAACAAUUCAAGAAUCAAAAUGAAGGCACUACAGUUUUUUGGAAACAGGGAUUGCAUAAAAUAGAACUUAAAAUAUAUGCACUGUAGUAUGUUUGUAAAAAAAAUAGAAAAUAUCAUGCAGCUCAGUUUACAAAUAAACUGCAAUCCCUAAAGGAGCAAGACCACACAAUGCUCUCCUUGAUCCAUCUCUAGUAGUCAGUUACUCUGCAAAUAGUUCCCUGGACUUCAGGUAUAAAAUAUUAAUCUUUAUAAAUGAAGAAAUAACAAUGCAAUCCAUAUCUGGGGUUUAUUUAUUGAGUUUAACCAAAGCAAUUCCAUACUUAGGAUUCUAAUGUCACCACCUAAAAGCUUUAGUUUUUCUCUGUAUAUGUCAGCAUCAUUUGCUGCCUUGCAUUCGUCAGAACCAAGCAAAUUUAGUCCUUAUGUCAUUAACAAAGUACUUUCUCUAACUGUAGACUAUUUGAUUUAAAGACUAACACUUUGCAUUGUAGAAAUUUGGAUGGCAGAUGGUAGAUUCUUCAGCCUAAGAAAUAUUCAGACUCUUGGAUGUUAUAUAUUUUUUAUAAAAUAAUAAUAGAGAUGUAAUAAAUAAUACUUCUUUCUCAUAUGCUGCUCAAAGGUGGUCAUACAAAUGA